AAAUAUUUUUUUGAAUCAUUGUUUAAGUAGCAGCGACGCUGAUAACAUGUUGGUGAUUUAUUUGAUUUUCUUGGGGGCGGGCCCCAUUUGGGGGGCUAAAGACUCGUACUUGGAGGCGUACGAGGCGUCGCAUAAAGGGCCCCAAAAGACAGAUCGCGAGUACAACGAGAUGUUUCCGUACCCAGGACCCCCCAAGUACACCUACGGACCCCCCUCAGCCCCCGCGUAUGGCCCUCCGUUGCAACCUUACCCGGUGCCUGUGUACGGCCCCCCGGCCCCAGCCCCCAUCUAUGGGACCCCUCAUGGCGUGUUGGGACUUUUGGAUAAGUUGAAAUUUAAACUGGAUUUGUUCACUCUAGGAAAAAUUUUAUUAAAAAUUGUUCUUUUUAAAAAGUUUGUGAGUUUUGUUGCUAUUUUGUGUUUGUUGCUUUUUAUCCCCUAUUUGAAACAUAAAGUGGAUGGGGGAAUGCCCGAAGGGGGCGACGAUGAUGACGAGGCAAUGCGGAGCUUUAAAAAUCAAGCUUCUGACAAAUUUUUGGAUAAUAUUAGCCAGUUUGUGGUGGGAGCCAUUGAUAAUUUUUCGCAAAAAUAUCAGGGGGAAAAAUGUGACAAUUUCUAUUGUAGGACAAGGAAAAUUGUGCAAGAAAUUGACAAUAAAAUUACUUAUAAAAAGUUGGCUGGCCUUUAUUUCAAGGAUGCACAAUAAAUUGCCAUCAGCCACUUUUAGUAUGUUAUUUAUUACCAAAUUUAUUUAUUUAAUUUAUUACCAGUACAAAUAAAUAAUUAAUUUAAUUAGU